UGACUUCCUGUAGCCGUCAGUAUAUAACUGUUACAGUCAAAACGCAGUAACAAGUCACCACGAACCUUUUUUCUCCUCCCCCCGCCGACGGGCCGCCGUGAGACCCCACACGGCAAACGUGAACGAGGAGGAAUGAGAAUGAUGCCGUUUGGAGGAAGGAAAGCAAUGGCUGACGACCGGCACUCAGCAGUGGUGCCGGCUCUGCUGGGCUUCUUACAUAUCUUGCCGUCUGUCGAAUGGAACUUUCUCUGGGGAGAAGAAGAAGUUCAAGAACGUGCAUGCAAUGCAUGGAGGCUGAGCAGGGGUCCCAGUUGGACUGGGCGCUCGAAACGCCGUCGACGCCUUGUGGCUGCAGCAGCUGCCUUCUGCUCGAUGAUUCUGCUACACACACUGCGGCCAUCGUCAUCACUAGUCCAAGCACAGUCCGAAGUGGAGGCUCCCGAUCCCGCCCAUAGCAAAGAAGAACAUCGCCGCGCAGCAGCUGUUGAUUCGGUAUUCAAGUCCACUACUGAUAGUGAUAGGCUGGCAGAUAACGUUGUCGUGCAUUCGAAAGGAGGCUGUUAUGGGGAUGCACGGUGGCGAUCACGUGCAUUGCAGAGAUGCUUCUGGGUGACACUGAGAGAAACCAGAGUGGUGCUCUUCAACUACUCGCUAGCAGAUGCCAAGGCAGGCAACAACCCGCCUCCGGACUCAACGCAAGCCAAUACUGCUUACCAACCAAGGGAGUGUGUGACCUCAGUUCAUGAGCUGAUUGCGUUUCCAGUUAACGGGCAGCUGACAAUCGGAUUCGAUCCGUGCUAUAGCGGCGGGGAGGGGAAGCAGAAGCAGCGCCAGGAACGGAGGCAGCACAAUUGUUGUUGCAAAUUGCAAUCCGCUGCUGCUGCUGCUAGUGUUACUAUAUCCACAGCAGAAGAAUAUACGGGCAGCGGAGUCAGCGGACGGUUGGCGGCAAAACGUUCAACGAGAAAUUCGCCGGACGACUACUUCGGUCCUGACGGAGGAGGUAGGUUUCUCGAUCCCGCUCUUAGUGCCAUCGAGAUUUUGCCGAUUCUUUUCUCAAAUUCGGCGCCGCCGCCGUCUAAUGGCUAUCAGCCGCCGUCGGAAACGGUAACGGAACGUCGAACUCCGUUAAGCGCUGCCUUCUUCCCUGAGGAAAGGCCGCCGAUGUCGCCUGUGUUGUCGUCUUCGUUCCAACUUCAAUCAGAAGCAGAAGCGAUGGUGCGCGCAUCGUCGUCGGCGAACCCGACACAGCGGACGCAGCUGCGCGAGGACGUGAUUCUUCUUCUCGUUCAUCGAAUCAACUGCGGCGGCGCGAAAGAGGUGGUAGUUGAUUCGUUCGAUCCGCUUGGAAGACGUUGGAAUCCGGAUGACGGAGUCGGCUACCGCAAUGGUUGCGCUCGAGAUCACCAUCCUUCCUCUGAAGCUGUCGCUUCUCCUUAUUCUCCUUCUCCUUCUCCUUCUCCUUCUCCUUCUUCUUCUUCUUCUUCUGCUGCUGCUGCUGCUGCUGCUGCUGCUGCUUGUGCUGGUAUCAGAUUUCAGCCACACAACGCACCACGAUUCUUCACCACAUUAUCUAAGGUCAGCCUUCGUCAUCAGGGAACGGAACCUCCAUGCCAGCCUGACGGUCAAGUUGAACUCGAUUCAACGCCGAAAGCCUGCAGCAGCAGCGCCGGGAUCGCGUCUUUCAGGCGAUCCGGAAGAGGAGAUCAGAAGAGUCCGACUGUGAGGACUUUCAGCCUGGUCCCGACCGCCGUGCUGCAGACUCGGAGAGUGGGUGUCACUCCCUCCCAAGGAACUGGUGAACCUGCAUCCCGAUCGAGGCAGGAUGGCAGCAACAUCAAAACCAGCGGUGGAACGGGAACCGACAGAUGCAAUGGUAGCAGCAGGAGCAGCAGCAGCAGCAGCAAGACCAUCGGCGGUCAAACCGGUACCGACAGAUGCAAUGGUACCAGCAGCAGCAGCAGCAAGACCAGCGGAGGUGGAAUCGGUACCCACAGAUGCAAUGGUACCAGCAGCAGCAUCAGCAGCGGCAAGACCAGCGGAGGUGGAACUGGUACCGAGUCUACCGACCGAUGCAAUGGUACCACCAGCAGCAGCAGCAGCGGCAAGACCAGCGGAGCUGGAACUGGUACCGAGUCUACCGACAGAUGCAAUGGUACCAGCAGCAGCAGCAGCAGCAGCAACAGUAGCAGCAGGCCGCGCUCUGGGCCAUCGAACCCACGAUCUCCUGAUCGGCAAUUUCCUGGUCUUGCAGACUCAAAUAAUGAUGUGCAGGUAUCGUUGACCGCGAGUCAGCAGUCGGAAUCCAGACGUAGUCUACUUUAUAAGGUGAAAGUCGAUUCUCGGAAGGAUGUCCAGGUGCGGCUCAUCUUUGCUGAGCUGUCCUCGGAGGUCAUUGACCAACGAAGCAGACUCAGCAGAGUCUUCGACGUGCUCAUUUGUGGCGAGUUGAGGUUCUCUGACGUGGACAUCUACGAGAAGGCUCAAGGAAAAUUCAAGGCGGUCGAGUUGGUCGUAGACAAAUGCGGAUCUUGUGACGGGAAGCUGGAGUUGGAGCUGCGCGCUAAGCCCUCCAGUGCUCUCCCGCCUGCACUCAAUGCCUUCGAGAUACAUACACGAAUUCCAGGAAACACACGAUCAUCCGACGUUACUGCCUUGUUGGCUGUGCGCUCGUCUUUUAAACUAGGGAGCGACGAUGAGGACCACAGUCGUGACUCGGACGUGGAUCAUUCCACGUCAGCUUGGAGUCUAAGCGAUCCUUGUAGGCCCCCAGCUUGGACGGGAGUUUACUGCCAAUCUUCAUCACCACCUGUGGUAUCUGCACUGUUUCUCGGAGGAAGGAAAAUUGCUGGGAUGAUUGCAUCGCGAAUUUCGGACUUGAAGGAUCUUCAAGUGCUUGACUUGCGAGAAAACCAACUUUCUGGAAGUAUUCCCAAGUCACUUGCGGACCUGCCAAAGUUUUCUGGGAACCCAAGACUUUGUGGUGCUCCAGUACUUGUUCAGUGCAGCUCAGAACAACUUACAGAACCUUUGCAGUCUGAACCUAUGGCGACCGGCAUGAGAAACUCAAUGCCAUCUUCAUCCCAUCAUAGCCCACUUGAUCGCCAAGAUCGGGCUCACAGAGAUUUGCUGAUAACGACGGCUGCAAUAAGAGCAAACAGCAUGGAGCGACACUCUACGGAACCGUUUGAAACCUCAAAAGAGACAUCGCUAUCCUCAUCACUUAUCCGUGCACGGCGUGUGGUCGAGGAACCUGCAUCAUCAUCGCAGCUACGAUCAGAGAUCGGGCAGCCAGGGAAAUCAGGAUUAUCAAGCGCAGAUGCAUCUAAGAUCAUCGGGGAUGGCAGCCAUCGUGUGUUGGUGUCAUCAAGUGAACCUGGUCCGUGGGGAACAAAGUCUUUCCCAAGCAGUAGCAGUAGCAGUAGCAGUCGCAGCAGAAGCGGCGGUCCCCGCACCAGGGCCAACAAUAGCCAUGCUGAUCAGGGAGCUGCCAAUCCAAGUGUAUUAGCACAUAAACCCUCAAAUUCAAGUUACCCCAGCACGGCCUCAACUGGUCAUGAUCCUGUCAGGGAAGCUGAGCCAGGAUCCACACCGCGACCUUCUCCAAUGGAGCAACGAGGGGUGGGUGCAGUGUCAUCGUUGUCCAGAGCCCACAGUGCCCAGCCUAGCAUCAAAAUGGGGGGUACAAUGAGUGGCAGUUUCGUGAAAAAGGACCACUUUGUAUAUCUUGCCCUUGCGAGUGGCGUAGGUAUGCUCAUCGCGGUGUUCAUCGUAUGCUUCCUCGGUUCACUGUAUGUGAAGCGUGGUAGGCGAUACCAUAGACAAAAAGAAGUGCUAAUGCGGUCCUGGGGUCUUCCACAACUGCGGAAGCCCUCCCACAAUGCUCAGGGGUGUAAACGAGAUGCACCAGAGAACUCCAUGGAAGCUGGAGAUGGUGAUAUGGAUUCCAUGGUGAAGCGGGUUAGCUCUCUGGAGCGGACAAGAUUGCACGUGUUCAGCUAUGGCGAACUCAGAUCAAUCACAGACAACUUCGCGACCCCGAUCGGUUCUGGAGGGUUUGGAUUUGUGUUCAAGGGGACACUCCCAUGCGGUCAGGAAGUUGCCGUCAAGAUGCACAAGCAGCAUUCGGUCCAAGGCGUAGAUGAAUUCUGCAAGGAGGUGGAGGUGCUCUCUCGUCUGCAUCACCGACAUUUGGUUCCCCUUAUUGGUUAUUGCAUUGAAAGUGGAAACAAUGCGCUUGUCUAUGAGCUCAUGUCCAAUGGUUCCCUCAGUGACCAUUUAUCAGGGAGGAGGAAAUGUGAUGGAGCUACUCUGACAUGGAAGCAACGGCUUACAAUAGCAUUAGGAGCUGCUCGUGCGAUUGAUUAUUUACACACAGAGGCAACCCCUGCGAUCAUCCAUCGCGAUAUCAAGUCAAGUAACAUUCUCAUUGAUGAAAGCUUCAAUGCUAGGGUGAACGACUUUGGUCUUUCCACACUGUGGGGGGAUGAGUCAUCAUCGCAUGUGACAACACACGUGAAGGGAACUGCAGGCUACGUGGAUCCUGACUACUACUACACCCGUUGUCUGUCAGAGAAAAGUGAUGUCUACAGCUUUGGUGUCGUGCUUCUGGAGGUGUUGACGGGCGGCGCACACAUUGAUUUUCAUCGGGAUCGCACCGCAUGGAAUAUUGUUUCUUGGGUGCGGCCGGCGUUUGAAUUGGGAAAUGUGGAGUCUGUGCUGGAUGUGAGGAUCAAAAUGGAUGGCAGAUUCACAUCCGCUGCGGUGCGGAGUUUUGCCAGGUGUGCGCUGCAGUGCUGUGAAAUGUCCCCUGACACGAGGCCGUCCAUGAAUGAUGUGGUGCAAGAGCUCCGUCAAAUCAUCAAAAUUGAAACGGAAGCUGAUGAAGCCAGCGCAUUCAUUACUGUUUUGGAUGACGAUCGUCAACCUUCGACGCAACGAGCUACAAGCAGCUCAUCGACAGAAUUGUGCCGUAGGGGCAGUGCAGCCUAUGCGGAGCAGUAUGACGUUAUUAACUACGACGUGCGCUGCGAUUACAUCGAUCCGAUCGCCGUGAACGACAAGGACCGCGCCUUGGAGUCUAAUCGUCUGCCAAAGGUUGCAGCUGAUGAAAAAUGCAGACAACUGGAUGUCCAGACGCCGUCUCAUCAGGCUCCGAGUAGGACUUAUGUUGUUAACGCCCUUGAUCAGCGCGGUAAAGCUGCCGAGGGGGAUUAUGGCGAGGGCUUCUCCUGCCAGGAUGUGUUUCAGGAGGUUGACCUGGAGGGCACUCCCUCCCCGAAGACACCGCGCAUCGCUGACAAGUGCAAAGGGAAGCAGAUCCACAGCGGAAGCGACACAACUAUACUUCAAGGGAAGCAGCAACACAUGCAGUGUGGGGGGAACUUGUCGCAAUGCCUUCAGCCAUGCUGUGGCGAGCAUCGGAGCACUGGCAUGCAUCACGUUUCCAUGGCUGCACACAUCUGAGGUGAAGGGAAUAUCAUUCAAUAUG